AAAGAAGAAGUUAAAUGUGUUAAAAAUCAUAGGUUGAAAUGCAUGUGCGAAAUGGAAAGAGACGACUGGAGGAAUCAAAUGUGUUAGUUCUUACACCAGCCUUGACUGUGAUUAAGAUAAGAACAUUAUAGUGGGCUGACAGGAAGUUCGAGAACAGCUGGCUUUCAUCAGAUGGACUUUUUUUUCUGGCUAUACAUUCUUCUGUGAAUAGUGGCUUGUCUUCUGGGACCUUUGGAGGCUGGACUGCAAAGAAGUAGAAAAGUGCAAAGAUUGUGCCACAACUCCAAGUUUCAAGCUCACAAACACAGUCAAAAGAUUAUAAUAGUGAAAUUCUGUUCUUAGGAAUAUCUCCGUGUGAAAAGAUAUCAAACUCUGUCCCAGGACAAGAAAAACAGCUGCCAGAAUAGCAGCACUGAGCUCUUACUCUAUGAUGAGUUCUGUGGGUGUUUUCUCACUGAAAGCCUCUGAGGGCAGUAGUGAAAAAAUAGUGAUAAAUGUCAGUGGGGUAAAACAUGAGACCCACAAGAGCACCCUAAUGACCCUUCCGGGCUCCCGCCUUACCCAGCUGGUGGACACUGAGGAGCCUCCUUCAGAGCUGUUUUUUGAUCGCCACCCUGAAGUCUUCACUCACGUGCUGCAGUAUUAUAGAAGCGGGAAGCUGCACUGCCCCACCAACUUGUGCGGCGUGUUGCUGGAAGAGGAGUUUGAUUUCUGGGGUAUCAGCGGCACAGAUGUGGAGCCCUGCUGUUGGGCGGCAUUUCGACAGAACAAAGAUGCUGUAGAGGCUUUGGCUCAGAUUGACCCUUCAGUGAUGGAGAAUGACCAAUCCAGCCACACUAGAGCUUGGCAGCCGAAGAUAUGGGCUCUCUUUGACAAUCCACUUUCAUCCGUUAGAGCCAAGGUCAUUGCGGUCGUUUCUCUGUUCUUCAUCCUGCUCUCCAUCACUGCAUUCUCUCUGCAGACACAUCCGGCUAUAAAUCCUCACCAAAUGUAUGUGGUAUCGGCAGACAACUCAAGUGAGAAUUUCAUCGAGAACCUUUCUGUACUGCCUAGAGUUCUGGAUGCGGUGGAGUUAGUCUGUUUGAUAUGGUUUGUGUUUGAGUUUGUGAUGCGUGCAGUCAGCUGCCCGAGCAAACCGCGUUUCUUCCUGAACGUUAUGAACAUCGUCGACCUGCUGGCCCUCUUCCCCUGGUUCUUCCGUUGGUGUUCAGGGACAUACUGCAUCAAAGCAUUGGGCUUUCUGCAUGUAAUGCGAUGCAUACGCGUCCUUCACGUCUUCAGUCUGAUGCAGCACGUGUUCGGUGUGAGAGUUCUCAAACACACGCUCCGCGCCAGUGCGACGGCUCUCUGCGCGUUUCCUCUUAUACUCUUCAGCUGCACUCUCAUCUUCGGUGCCAUGGCUUAUUACACAGAAUUAUAUAAUAUUGACUCUUCGUUUACUGACAUUCCCUCCAGUUGUUGGUGGGCAGUGGUCACACUGACCACAGUGGGUUAUGGAGACACGUAUCCCGUAACAGUUCCAGGCAGGUGUGUAGCCGUUCUCUGUGCAAUGGUCGGGGUUCUGCUCAUCAUCCUACCUGUGCCCAUAAUCAUCAACAACUUCUUAAAGUUCAACUCCCUGCUCAAGACAAAGUAUUCAAUGGCCAGAAAGAAGGAGAAGAUCAGUGUCCAUACUGGCCCCCUCAUCUUAGAGCUGCUAAAUAAAAACAGAGGCACCAUAUCAAUGAUACAGUUGAGCUCAAAAGUUUAUAUACUCCUUGCAGAAUAUGCAAAAAUGUGAAUCAUUUUAACAAAAUAAGGACCAUGAAAAUUGCAUGUUAUUUUUUAUUUAGUACUGUCCUGAAUAAACUAUUUCACAUAACUGUUGUAUAAGUAUAACAUAAAGUCCACAAGACAAAAAAAUAGCUGAAUUUAUAAAAAUGACUCCGUUCAAAAGUUUACAUACCCUUUAUUCUUAAUACUGUGUGUGGUUACCUGGAUGAUCCACGACUGUUUGUUUGUUUUGUGAUGGUUGUUCAUGAGUCUCUUGUUUGUCCUGAGCAGUUAAACUGAGCUCUGUUCUUCAGAAAAAUCCUCCAGGUCCUGCAGAUUCUUCAGUUUUCCAGCAUCUCCUGCAUAUUUGAACCCUUUCCAGCAGUGACUGUAUGAUUUUGAGAUCAGUCUUUUCACACUGAGGGACUCAAACACAACUAUUAAAAAAGGUUCAAACAUUCACUGAUGCUCCAGAAGGAAACGUGAUGCAUUAAUUAAAACUUUUGAACAAGAA